AUGAACGCGUUCCUGACGGUGUCUCUCUGCUUGUGUGCAUUGGCAGCUCUCUCAGAUGCGGUUACAGUCAAGGUGGGAGACUUUUCAUUCCCCCUGGAGUCAGUAAAGAAACUCAAGGAUCUUUUGAAUGCGCACCACGCUAGAAGUCCACGCCAUGUUGUUACUGUGUGUGACGACCCAGAUCUGCCCACGGAGUUCCAGUUGAUCUGUGCCAGCCCUAAUUCAGAAGCGCUGCUCAAACAAUUAGAAGCCAUUGCCAGAAAUUCUGAAGUCUGUGAGAUCUGUGCUAACGUUGCUUGCUCCGGAUGCUGA